AUGCAAGUAGACGAGAUAAAUAGGCAAGUAGACAAGUUAUUGAAGGACAAUGUUAUUCAGGAGUCACAUUCGCCAUGGAAUGCUCCUGUACACCUUGUACCCAAAAAAAUGGAUGCAUCUGGUGAAAUUAAAUUUCGUAUGGUUAUAGACUACCGACGUUUGAAUGACAUAACCAUAGACGACAAAUACCCACUACCAAACAUAACAGAUUUAUUUGACAAGUUAGGGAAGAGUUCUUAUUUCAGUACAAUCGACUUAGCAAGUGGUUAUCACCAAAUCGAAAUAGAAGAACAAGACAGGCAAAAAACAGCCUUUAGCACUCAAAACGGCCAUUAUGAAUUUCUUAGGAUGCCAUUUGGCCUGAAGACAGCUCCUGCAACUUUUCAGCGGACCAUGGAUAGUGUGCUCAGGGGAUUACAGGGGAUACACUGCAUGUACCCGGACUUCGAUAAAACCUUUAUUUUGACGACUGACGCCUCUAAUAUAGCUUUAGGAGCGGUUCUAUCACAGGGACCUAUUGGUAGUGAUAGACCUGUUGCAUACGCUAGUAGGACGCUUAGUGACACUGAAAGUAGAUACAGCACCAUCGAACGAGAACUUUUAGCUGUUAUUUGGGCCGUAAAACUUUUCCGACCGUACCUUUACGGACGAAAAUUUGUAAUUUAUACUGACCACCGACCCUUAGUUUGGCUUUAUUCAUUAAAGGAACCAAACAGUAAGCUUACCAGAUGGCGAUUACGACUACAGGAGUACGAUUUUGAAAUCAUUUAUAAAAAUGGAAAACAAAAUACAAAUGCCGAUGCCCUAUCCAGAAUUAAAGUUAAUGCCUUAAAUUCAGACGACGAAGGUCAUUCGAUGGACGUUAAUUUCGACAGCAAAGAGUAUAAACUUAGAGAGCAUCUGAAAGAUGUAGUUAAGGAAAUUGAAAAACUAAACACUCAAAAUAAAAGACAUAAUGACACAACGUCCAUUGUGACAAUAUCAGACUCAAGUACUGUUUCCGCGAGUCCUAUGUCUCUUUCCGACACAAUAUCAAUUUGUAGUUCAGAAAAGGUUUCCGAAUAUCCAAUUCGAUCACCUUCAGAAUCUAGUAAGUCCCAAACUGUGCAUUCAGCCGUAGAAUUAGAGUCAAAUGGAAUACCAAUACUACACGAGGCUAUCGAUACAAAGCCAAAUCAAAUAUUAAUAUUUUCAUGGUUCAAAAAUGAAUAUCAGGUUAAAGAUACUUCUAGAAAAAAACAAAAAGUUUUAGAAGUAUUUUUACCAUUAGAUAAUUCCGAAUUAAUUAAAGAAUUUUUAAAGAAAUAUAUUAGGCCUAAAAUUAAAUAUUUUAUAUAUUUCGAACGAAAAGAACAUCGAAGACAAUUUAGCAAUAUUAUUAUACACCUUUUCAAAAAGGACAUGGUUCAAUUUUAUGAAUGCACGGAACGAGUAAUUUUUGUUGAAGACGAAAAAGAACAAAGGGCGAUUGUAAUUAAGUAUCACGAAGGAAAGACAUGUCACCGGGGUAUUAAAGAGACGCUAGUUAGAAUCCGCAGAAAUUACUAUUGGGAUAAUUUACAAGAAACUGUUUCGGCAAUAAUAAAUAGUUGCACUGCAUGUAAAAAAAUGAAAUAUGACAGAAAGCCAAUUAAACCUAUUCUUCAAUUAACCCAGACCCAAGAUGCUCCGUUUCAAGAGAUAUUUAUAGACCUGUUUAAUAUCGAAGGAAAACAUUAUCUGACUCUCAUAGAUGCGUUUAGCAAAUUAGGCCAAGCGAUAGAAAUUGCAAAUAGAUCCACCCCCGAAGUAGUCCGAGCUUUAAUGAGGUACUUUUCUUUUUACGGGAUACCAAAAAAGAUAAGUUCAGAUCCGGGCUCUGAAUUUAACAAUGAAUUAAUUAAAGAAUUCUUAAGCUUACAUAAAAUUGAGCAACACAUUGGCACCCCAAAUAGCCCAAGCUCGAUGGGGCUUAUAGAACGCUUCCACUCGACAAUCAUAGAAAUUUACAGAUUGGCAAAAUACGAAAGAAAACCUACUGAUGCGGCAUCAGUUAUGACGUAUUCCGUACUAGCAUAUAAUAAUACUAUUCAUUCGGUAACAGAACUUACACCCUUCGAGGUAGUUUUCGGACAUACCGACACGGGUAGCCCGUUUAAUACAGAAUUUGAUAAGCAGUAUUUACAACACUUAGUAAGAGACCAUGCAAAGCGAACAAAAUUCUUAUACAAAUAUUUAGCAGAAAAUAUGGUAGCAAUUAAAGAAAAGAUUAGGAAAAAGAAAGGCGGUGAAGAUGAGAUGGUAUUUCAGUGUGGUAAAACUAUAUUUGCUAAAGAUACAAACAAAAGAAAGAGUAAGGACAAACCGCGCUAUGUUAAGGCUAAGGUAGUAGGCAAGGUCGAAAGAAAUAUAGUGCCGAUACAAAUAGAUCACUGGACUAUAAUAAAGAUUUUAAAUUUAGAGAAUAUUUAUGACGACCUAAAUGUAAUUAUUGCUCAAUAUCAUAAGCUUAGUAGACUAAUUGAAGUAAAGGAACCAUACCCUCGUGAAUUUAUCAGUGUUAAAACCCAUGUAGAGUACAUACGCGAUAUAACCGUCCAAAAAUUCCAACAACUUAUGCCGCGACGCUUUAAGAGAGGGAUCUUAAAUCCAUUAGGUUCUGUUCUAAAAAUUAUUACGGGAAACCUCGAUCAUGAGGAUGCUCUUAAAUAUGAUAAACUUACUUCAGAAUUAAGUCACAACCAAAUUAUCAUUUCUAAGAAACUUACCUUGGUCUCCAAAAUGUUAGACAGCUUUAUUAAUGCCACGGAAACCCUAAAUAAUAAUUCCGUUAUGCUGGAUGCACGCUUGAAAAGUGUAGAGACAAUGCUAAAUCAUUUAACGACUAGAGAAAAUAACUGGGUUUUCUCUACGUAUAUUUUUGGAUUAUUUAAUUUAUUUAUAAGUAAUUUUCGAACUAUAUUUUAUAAAUUAAGUGAAAUAGAGACUGCUCUAGCUUUUAGUAGAGUAUCGAUACUUCAUCAAUCUAUAGUAAAUUCUACAGAACUUUUAGAUCAUUUAAAACUAAUAUCGAAUACCGAAAAUUUAGUGUACCCACCAACAGAAACUAAUUUGGUAAAACUAGAACAAACCAUAAGUGUAAAAUCUUAUCUUAAGAAAAACCAGAUAGCAUUUAUAAUGGAGAUUCCGUUAACUGAUAAUAAUACUUACAAUUAUUUUAAGGUUUAUUCCGUACCUAUUUUCCGCGAAUCUGUAAACGAAACGAUUGCCAUCUUCCCAAAAUAUCCUUACCUCCUGGUGAAAGGGAUGAAAUAUUUACCAGUCACGAAACCGUGUCGUCCCCUUGCUGCUGGUAAUGAUUUCCUGUGUACCGAAGAAAAUAGAGCGCUCUACCCUGGACUUACCUGCAUAGAACAGCUAAUGAAAUUUGAGAAUAAUCUUACUUGUUGCACGCAACAUGCUAUUACAAUUGAAGACGUUAAGGUGCAGCGAAUUAAAGCUGAAAAUUGGAUUGUUUUUACAAAGUUAAAAACGACGCUGACAAAGCACUGCGGUAACGAGAUCACCAAACAACCAAUUUUUGGAACCUAUAUACUAACCAGCGAUGAGCCCUGUGACCUGGAGAUACACGGUACUUAUAUCCAUCACCACCGUGUUUACACGGAAUACGAAGCGGCGCCACCAGUUUCAGUCAUCAACUUACCUCAUUUACGUGCAAAUAUUAAUGUAACAAGUACACGCGUAAUUAACAUGAAUGGUGUCAACUUGGAUGAAGUGAAAUAUAUGUCAAAUGCUUUAAAACACAGUGAAAUAUAUUACACAGAUUUAAGUGCUCUCAACGGAGAAAAAGACUCUAACUUCAGUGUUCUAACAUAUGUAAUUUUAAAUUUCCUAGCUUUAAGUUUCUUAUUGUUCUUUAUAUACGUGUUAAGAAAAAAAUGUAUACCUUACAUCCAAAAUUAUCGUAAAGGCAUCAAAAAUGAUAUUACCGAUAAUUUUGCUCUUAGGGAGGGAGGAGUUAUGGAUACACCCCGUCCCUCUGUUUUAGACUAA